AUGGCACUUCCUGUUACUCUCUACACUUAUGAACCUACCCCAAAUGUUAUCAAGGCCUUUAGCACUCUAGACUCUCCCAUCGUCAUCAUGUCCAACGAUGUGGCCAUCUCUACUACAAUUCAUGAAGAAUUCAAGGAUAGGCGAUUUGAAGACUUUGUGUUCUAUCUUGACGUGUUCCCGCUCUACUAUGCUCUCAUUGAUCUUGUUGAUCCUUUUCUCCCACAACAUAUCUGCGAGUUCUACUAUACAUCUACCUACUAUGAGCCCGUAAUGAUUAUUGGUACAAUCGAAGAUGGGCAACAUAUUAUUUCAAUGACUGUAACUAACUUUCUAAAAGCCUUACGUCUUCCAAUCUAUGACGAGUACUCUGACCUUCCUACUGACCAGGAAUCUCACAUUGUUCUUACUAAAUUAGGGUAUGGCCUCACAAAACAAAGGAAUCAUGAUGGUAAUGUUUAUACCCUUCCUCAGUGUCCUCCAACUACCUUGAAGUUUCUCACAGAAUUCCAAGAGAAUGUAGUCACAACCUUGGAUUCUUUGGUACAACUUACUACAAACAUGAGUCAGUGUCUGACAACGAUAGAGAGUAAUGUUUCCGAAAUCAAGCGAUUACUUUCGGACACUAACAUUGAACAUUUUGAGGAUGAUGGGCCUCAGCGACCACCAGAUAAUGACCAACAACCACCACCUGGUCCUACCAGUGUCUCACCACUAGACAUAAAUAACACCAACAUUCCUCCUCCACCUCCACCUACUGGUCCUCGACCAUAA